GCCCCCAUUCGCCUUGUCUCCUUUCUUGUGUAUUAAAAUUGUUACUGCAUUGUUCCAUGUUUCCGGUGCUUUGUUGUUUUUCAUCUUUUUCAGUGCGUCUCGGAUUUCGCUUAGUGUGAUCUCUGGCAUGAGCUCUGAACCCUGGUUGAUAAUUUUGCGUAUGCAGCGGCUUCCAAGUUCGUUUGGUCUUCUCUUUGACUUGUGUAUAGUUCUUGAUAGAAGUCUUCAACUAUGUGUAGUAAUUCUUCUCUAUUUGAUAUGGGGACUCCUUCUUUGUUCUUUAGUUUGUGUAUUUGACAUUUUCCAUUGUUUAGCCGUUUUCUCAGGACUUUCAGACUUUUAUUCUCUUCUAUAA